AUGGGGUGGAAAGGAAUCAGCGCCCUGCAUUUGAAAAUCGUCUCAGAGAUCGCUGUCAUUCCCUCUGUGGGGUUUCGAGCUUUCUUGCUAUUAGAAGUAAUUACAUUGCUAUUGCAGGCAAAUCUUUGGAUAAUACUUUUUAGCUAUGUUGGCAAUUACUUCUGGACCCACUAUUUCUUCACAGUUUUGGGAGCUUCAUAUACGUUCCCAUCAUGGAAGAUGAAUAAUGUACCACACACGACUUUCCUUCUCACCCAUGUCUGCUUUUUAUUUUACCAUGUUGCAUCGAACUUAACACUUCGCAGAAUACGGCAUUCUGUUGCUGACUUGCCAGAUAAAAUUCGGUGGGCUGUGGAGGCUGGAUGGAUUUUGGCUCUUGCUUAUUUCAUUGCAUACCUAGAGACUUUAGCCAUUUCUAAUUUCCCUUAUUACGAGUUUGUGGACCGUGCAUCCAUGUAUAAAGUUGGGUCUUUGUUUUAUGCCAUCUACUUCAUUGUAAGCUUCCCAAUGUUUCUAAGAAUUGAUGAGAAACCCAGUGAUCUUUGGGACUUACCCCGAGUUGCGGUAGAUGCUCUGGGUGCGGCAAUGCUGGUGACAAUAAUACUUGAUUUGUGGCGAAUCUUUCUUGGACCAAUUGUUCCUCUGCCAGAAGCAAAGCAAUGUCUUCAACCAGGGCUUCCAUGGUUUCCAGGACAAACCAAUCAAACUUGAAGUAUGCUCGUGAAGACUGGAGGUUUUCACUCACUCAUGGUCCCUCUUGAUGAUUGCUUGUACUUAAAUCUUUUUGACUUCUACGUUUCUGAAUAUUGAUUGGAGGUGUUACUUUCUUGAUAGUUGUUGUAGUGAAGUGGUCUGAUUGAGUAUUUGCUCUCAUGCGUUUUGAUUGGUGAUUAGUGUUAGUAUCUCAACAAAUUAAGAAAAUCCUAGAUUAGUAUAAACUAAAGCUCUAAUGGCGGUUUCCUUUUCGAACUAAACUAAAGUAAAUUAGAGAAGAGUAAUUGUGGAGAC